CGCCGGCCAGUCAAGCUUAAACCGCGAAGUGCGCCGAUAGUCAGACUGUCAACAGGUUCCGGUUGCGCGUGUUUGACAGUUUUUUGUUUCAUUAGUGCAGCCGACUAAUCGGAUUGUGGCCGUGAGCGCCAUUGAGUCUGGAGAAAAUUGGAGGGAAACAAAAAAAAAAGAAUUCAAGAACAAAAAGUUGUUUCGUGCAAAAUAAAAUAACGGGGAAUUGCUGUGACGAGAUUUUGUUCUUGUACCGUGUAUCUUCAUUGUAUGGCUACAGUGUUUAGUACGGUUGGUGUUGUUGUGCUUCGUUUGUUGUUGAUAAUUUGUGCCUUCAACAUUUGAUUCGACAGUUGUCGUCUGUGCGUUGUUAACGAAGACCAGUGUUGAUCGUAGUGUGCGCGCGAGACUUGUGACGUACGUCACAUGCUUAGCGACUGUUACGGGUCCGUUAGCAACUUCAGGGUCGAUCGGAUCUCUCGGCAUUCGCACCUUACAGAGUCGUAAAGCUAUAGGACUGUCGCUACUGGUGUUUACUGAUACUAUUACUUCUCGUCGAUAGUAGGAAGCAAUUUUUUUUCGCUGAUGCGCGAAGUUGUCUGUCCUUUGGGAUAUCAUGCGGAAUGCCACUGAAUCGACGUACAGUCGACAACUUCAGUCAGCAGUCAGGUCUGUUGGAUACCGAAAUGUAUCUUUUGAAACAAGACGGCAUCGACACCGUGUUUACAAACCAAAGAAUAUUGUGAUAUGUUAAUAUAAAUAACUAUGACGCUAAUACGAGUCGAUUGAACCUUGAACACUGGAUGAACCCCAUGAACUACAUUAACCCGAAGAUUCGACAGACGUGACGUAAAAUCGUCGCACGUUGCGCGCAGUGAAAUUUGUGCGUGACGUAAAAAAAAAAAAAAGAAAAUUUGAAAAAAUUUUUUUUUUCUCAAUAAUAUCAAUACAAAAAAGUGAAGUAAUGUUCGGUGCGACGAUGAUCGAGGCACGUGAGAGAAGAGCUGCUUGCAGCUCGCAGCCUCAUCAUCAUCAUCAUCAUCAGCAUCAUUAUCAUCAGGUGAUAAAGACAACGAGGGUUCAUCAAAGUUCACGUACCAGCAGGGUCGUCACUGUACAAGAAAAGGUCAUAAGGUCACGACUGCAACUCGGUUAUUCAACGCCUACCGCUUUUAUGAAUCGUUUUCCACAAAAAAUGGAGAGACCCAACCACAGCACGAACCUCGGUCAGGUUCAUGGUGCCAGUGGGGUUCACGGGGUCUACUCGUCCGGAAGUCAGACUCCACUCUCCACUUCCUAUAUAACGGGCCAGUCCUACAUACAGGGUCAAAACUACGGCGGCACGUACCUGUCAUCCAAUGUCCAGGCGUAUCCACACACUGGAUAUCCACAGCCUCAAAGCUACGGUACCAUGGUGCAGGGAUAUGGUGGGCAGCCCCAGUCUGGCUACCAGCAGCAACACCAUAAGAAGGGUUCCGUACGUAAUGGCGACGUUCUCAAGCGAUGCAGAAUUCAGAACGCGUAUGAGCUGUCGCAGGAUCUCCUCGAUAAGCAAAUCGAGAUGCUGGAGCGAAAAUACGGAGGCGUCAAGGCGCGUAACGCCGCCCUGACGAUACAGCGCGCCUUCAGGAGGUACACGCUCCUUAAGAAGUUCGCAGCUAUAACGGCAAUGGCAAAGGCCGAGAAACGUUUAAGCAGGAAGCUUCAGGAGGCGUCGGAUCGACCAGGAAUCGGCGCGAGCGUCGGUGGACCUGUAGGUGGCAACAAUAUGACCGAUAACGAGAGGAUGGCUUAUCACAGUCAAAUAUACAUCCAGCAACCUCAGUCGGCCACAAGGCCAACGCCCAUCAGGAGCAUGUCCUUGCGCGAGAGGCGACAUGCCGAUGGGACGUCCCAGUCGCCGAUACCCAGGAGCCAGAGCGGAAGGUGCGAGAUACAGAUUUCAUCUCAUCAGAGUCAUCAGAGCAGCGCCAUGCACGGUCAACAUGGGAACCAUAGCAUUCAUCACCAAAGCGGACGUCACACGCCGUCUUUGGCACCGAGUCCUUGCUCCAGACAUCAGCCGCCUCCUAGUCCAUGUUGGGACUCCAGUUCGCAGGGCAGUGGGUCCAGUGUUCACUAUUAUAAUCCUCAGGAAGCUUUAUGCGGUCUAAGACAGGAAACGCCACCACGUGAUUUGCAUCGGACGCCGUGCACUUCUCCCUCCACUCCCCAGAAUCUGCAAGCACCGCCGCCACAGUCCUGGACCAGUGCGUCACAGUUGGGAUCAGGAGGCAGAGCACGAGGAUCCGGAAAGAAGGUACCACCGGAAGUACCCAAGAGAACGUCCUCCAUUACGUCCAGGUCGAUGGAGCAGCGUCAUAAUGGUCUCAGCAAGAGCGUCGAAAACGGAAGCUUAAGCUCCGUGCAAAGUUCUGGUAGCGAUUCUACCAACUGCGAGAGUUCAGAGGGUGACGCGCACAGAGGAUCACCGAUUUGGAAGCACAAGGGAAUCCAGUCGAGCUCACCGGAACAUCAAGAAUGCGGACAUACUACGGAAACCGGAAGUAUGAUUAGCAGCGUGAAGGAUCUCAGCCAUUCCCAUGCAAGUUCAGGAUAUCAACUUCCGUUAAUGGAUCACGCGGAGGCGCCACCUCAGACAAGUUACAAAGUCUCGGAAACCGUCAGGAAGCGCCAGUACAGGGUGGGCCUGAACCUCUUCAACAAGAAGCCUGAACGUGGCAUCAGUUACCUGAUUAGGCGCGGCUUCCUGGAGAACAGUCCUCAGGGAGUGGCGAGGUUCCUCAUCAGCAGGAAAGGCUUGUCGAAGCAAAUGAUUGGCGAAUAUCUAGGCAAUCUACAAAAUACCUUCAACAUGGCUGUGCUAGAAUGUUUCUCCCACGAGCUGGACCUAUCAGGAAUGCAGGUCGACGUGGCUUUACGAAAGUUUCAGGCAUACUUCCGUAUGCCUGGUGAGGCCCAGAAGAUUGAACGUCUAAUGGAGAUUUUUAGUCAGCGUUAUUGUCAGUGCAAUCCUGACGUCGUCUCCAGGCUGCGUUCGCCAGACACGGUCUUCGUUCUUGCAUUCGCCAUUAUUAUGCUCAACACAGAUUUGCACACGCCAAACCUGAAACCCGAGAGACGCAUGCGAUUGGAUGAUUUUGUUAAAAAUCUAAGAGGCAUCGAUGACUGUGGCGACAUCGACAGGGAUAUCCUAGUUGGGAUCUACGAGCGUGUCAAGGCUAACGAAUUUAAACCUGGCUCUGAUCACGUCACCCAGGUUAUGAAAGUUCAGGCCACCAUUGUUGGUAAAAAACCAAACAUGGCCUUGCCACACAGAAGACUCGUCUGCUACUGCAGACUGUACGAGAUACCGGAUAUUCACAAGAAGGAACGACCGGGUGUUCAUCAGAGGGAAGUUUUUCUAUUUAACGAUCUACUGGUCGUUACAAAGAUUCUCAGCAAGAAGAAGAGCAGCGUCACCUAUACGUUCAGACAAAGUUUUCCACUUUGCGGAAUGGUCGUCACGCUCUUUGAAGUUCCUCAUUAUCCAUAUGGGAUAAGGCUGUCUCAGCGCGUUGACGGAAAGGUGCUGGUGACUUUCAAUGCUCGAAACGAGCAUGAUCGGUGCAAAUUUGCUGAGGACCUCAGGGAGUCCAUCAGCGAGAUGGACGAGAUGGAAACGUUGAGGAUCGAAACUGAACUCGAGCGACAGAAGAGCAGCAGAGGAGCACGUGGUAGCGCUGAGAAUCGUGACUCUGGAGUGGCUGAUGUGGAAGUUUGUCCUUGUCCAGGUCCCUGCUCGGAAAGACCAGAAGUCGCCGACAUGGACACCCAGCUUAAGCGUUCAGCACUUAGUAAUUCCCUGUUGGACAUACACGAGCAAUUUGCUGGCGAGAAGCCACAGCGUCGCGGAAGCGUCGGCUCGUUGGAUAGCGGUAUGUCAAUUUCAUUUCAAUCUACUUCAGCCAGCUCGAUGAGCCAAGGCGUUAAACAUCCGGUUCAAGUUCAUCCGGUCCACCCAGGGGCUACUAUCCCUGGGGGUGGUAAAGCUCUGGCUCAGCAGCCAUCUUUUUUAGGGGGUCUAUUCGCUAAACGUGAGCGAAAGCUGUCGCAAUCUGAAGACUCUUCUCCCUACAGCCGCACGACGGAAGUGUAAGCUAGUUCACUGCGUAGGUCAGAAAGAAAUUCUUGGUAGGAAAUUCUUUCCUUCUCUCUGUCUUUUCUUUCUUUCUUUCUUUCUUUCUUCCUUCAACUCGUCGUUGCGUUUCGUUGCCGCAUUUAGGAAUUCUUUUUUUUUCUCAUAAUAUCCAAAUACUCACUAGCUUACAAAAUUCAUUGUUUUACUUGUUUACGUUCGUUAUGUAGAUAUCUUUGAAAAAUUUAUUAUUUAAUAGUUCUAUUGUUUCUAUUUAAUAUAAUUGACCUAGGUGACAAUUCGUAUUACAAUUGUCACUUUAGCUAAAGAGAAUCGUGCUAAUUGUCUUUAUACAAUUAUAUUUCAAUUAAUUAGUUAUCUUUUCAUUAAGCAUCUAAACACGUAUUCAUUGUAGGUAAACCAAUCGUGUUUCUCUACUCACUCUCUCUUUGUCUCUCUCUUUUUUUCUUUAGUCUUAUUAAAUUUUAUUUAUCGUUUAUCAAUCUAAUCCACGUUAACACGAUCAGGAACAAUUUGUAUCUUAAUUAUAUGAUGGCGUUAGUACCGCCUAUCUUUUUUUUUUUGUAAACUUUUUUUGACUCUAGUCCUAUUCAGCUAUCGUAUUGUUGAAUUUUUCGUUUUGUAAAAUCAUCGAAAGCGCCAAAGUGUUUUUAUAACCCACGUCCGUCACUGCUUUCCCUAUUUCUUUCCAAUAGAGAAAUAUAUGCAUAGCAAAGAUAACGAACGGAAACAACGUCAAGGAUAUAUUCGAAAUCGAUCAUCUUUAAGAACCGUCGUUCAUACCUGACGAGAGGAUUAAAUAUACGUCACUUCCGGUUCCUUUAUCGUCUCCCACGAUAAUUUCCCAAUUUGAAACGACCAUCCAACAGCUCGUAACGUUUCUAUUAAUUUUUCUGGCUGUGACUAAAAGAAGCAGGUUAACAUCACUCAAAAUAAAAUCGUAGAAAUAAUAAAAAAUUUUGAAAACAAAAAGAAAAAAACGUGCGAGUACCCUUAACCGGAAGUUAACAAUAAAAUGACCGUAUUUUCGACGUAGAAUAUUUCCAUUCUGUAAUCCGCAUGAUUAUUUUAUUUUUUGGCAUCAAACGCACUAUAUGAAAAAAAAAAAAUAGGAGAAAGAAAGAAAGAAAAAAAAAUGUAAUAAACGCGGUAAGAAAUUUUUAUUUAACGAUUAAAUGAAAACUAACCUCAAAUACACUUGCGCUGUGCGGCGACAACGAUUGGGCAGGAUCCAAUCUUGUACGAGAUUUUUGAAAAAGUUUAAAAGUAUUGCCAAUACUUCCCCCCCCCACUCCUACCCCCUCUAUCAAUCCAAAAUAAUUCCUACUUCCUCCAACGGUUUCCCAAGUUUCACUCCGUCUCUCUCGUACAUCGUGUGUAUAGUAUUUAUUCGCCUACACAAUGUUCGGCUUUUUCUUCGUACGUUGUUUCUAACGAGCGAUAAUUUCCCGAGCGAUCGGUUUGUGUGUAGCUAACUAAUCGAUUGAUUAAUUAAUUAAUCGCAAACGCAGCAUAAUAAGACGCGAUAAAGAUUUGCGCGCCCGGAAAAACAAUGGUGGGCUAUUGGACGAGAGGAAGCGCGGGAAAUUUAAAUUUCGAAAACGAUAUAAAGGCAACGGGAAAUGUUAAUGGCGCCACGAUCGAUGACCGGUUGGAAGACGCGUCGUUGUCAUUAUUAUUAUGAUUAAUAUUAUAAAUAAAAAGCGGAUUAUUUAAUUAUUCUAAUUGCUAUUAAUUAAUACAAUGAUUAUUAUGCUUAUUAUUGUAAUUAAUUAUGAUUAACUAAUUAUCAUUUCCGUCGAAUAUCUGUAAAUAAUAGCAGCGUAUUGCCUGUAUGAUUUAUUUACUCUGCGUAACAAAAAAACUUAACGUAAGUUACUCUUACGCUGUCGAUGUUGAAAAUGAUGCAUGUUUGAUGUCAAGAUUCCAUUUUACUUUUUUUUUUUUCUUCCAAAAAUGGACCUGUCCUUCAAUCGCGGUUGCUUCCUUUACCGAGAUUCGAAUUUCAAAAUUAAUCGAACUUUCAAUCGUGAUGAUGGAACAAAAUAUACGGAAACAAUUAAUGGUACAGUAUGUGUAAAAAAUUAUUGCUCGUCGGUAUUCGAAACACUCGCGUCGAUCGAAUCGAUCGGUAUUGGAAUUAAUCGAUACUGAAAAAUGAAAAAAAAAACAACCCACUGUCGAUCAUCCAUAUAGCGCACGAAGUGUGAAAGACUUAUAGAUAAAGGUAGUUUCACACCGUAGAAAUUGUACCAAGAAUUAAUUGUCAUGUACAUAUAAAACACUGCUGAUUGUAAUACGAGAAAAAAGUUAUUGAUAAUAAAUACGAGAUACUAUUGAAAAGAAAUAUGAGUUUUUGAGUGACGUCAAUCGAUGCGACACAAUGGGACUGAGAAGCACGUAGCGAAGCUGAACCAAAAAAAAUGGUAAUUUUUUAUUUAAAAAUUUUUUUU